UUUGGAAUGAUUGAGCCACAGGCUCACAUUUCGCAGUUCGUCGGCAAAGGAGAUGCACGGUUUCCCGAAAAUGUCAAACAUCUUCUUGCUUACUGUGUGUCUCCUGGGAUCUGUUCUCCAUACUAAAUGUGCAGUUUUUAUUAACCAGGAGGCAGCAAGCGAUGUUUUGCAGAGAUAUAGGAGGCACAAUACUGGAUUUCUGGAAGAGGUACUUGAAGGAAAUCUGGAACGCGAAUGCAUGGAAGAAAUAUGUGAUUUUGAAGAAGCAAGGGAAGUUUUUGAAGACGACCAGAAAACGGUCAAAUUUUGGAAGAAAUACCACGGUCCAGAUGGAAAUCCAUGCGUAGGACAUCCUUGCAUGAAUGGGGGGCAGUGCCAUGGCAAAAUCAGUUACUAUAAUUGCUCCUGCCCAGCUGGCUAUGAAGGAAAGAACUGUGAGAGAGAUGUUUCUUGCUCAGCAAACAAUGGAGGCUGCAAGCAGAUCUGUCAGAAUGGACCAACAGGGAGAGCCAUCUGCUCCUGUGCCUCUGGCUACAGACUGCAGGAAGACCAGAAGUCGUGCGAACCAACAGUGCCCUUCCCAUGUGGAAAGAUCACUGCUCCAGAGGCAAUGAAGCAUGAGCUUUCCCAGGCAUCAAGGACCACGGCUGGAGAGAGGGAAAAGGUGGACAAUGCUACUCAGGUCAUUCUCCCAGCUUCCAGACCUAAGCGAGAGGUUGCCAACAUGAACAGCUUGAAAGGCCAAGUUCCAUGGCAGGUUUACAUGUAUAGCUUUGAGCGGAGAGGAUUCUGUGGAGGCACAAUCCUCAACGAAAAGUGGGUUGUCACUGCAGCGCAUUGUUUGGAGCAUCAGCCUCACACUGUCCUGGCAGGUGAAUACAACACAGAUGUUUUUGAACACACGGAACAACUCCGUCGCAUCGUGAGGGCAAUCCCGCAUCCGGCAUACAAUGCCAGCAACAAGUACCACCAAGACAUUGCCCUUCUUGAACUGGAUUCACCCCUGGAGUGGAGUUCUUAUGUCACCCCCAUUUGCCUCGCAGACAAAGCCUUCACAGACCACCUCCUGGAGCAUGGAUCUGGCACCGUGAGCGGCUGGUGGAAGUUGGUGGACCAACGAAGACCAGCAAACAUCCUCCAAGUUUUGCAAGUUGACCAAGCUUCGUGCCUGAACAGCACUGGGCAUACCGUUGCACCAGACAUUUUCUGUGGCAAAAGCCAUGCAGCAGCUACAAAAGUCCACCAAGGAGAUGGCGGUGGCCCCUAUUUCACAGAGAUUGAAGGCACCUGGUUUCUAACAGCUGUAACCACCUGCGGGGAACCAUGCGCUGGGCAAGACAAAUUCAGCAUCUUCACCAGAGUCGGGGACCAUAUUCAGUGGAUCAAAAAUAUGACAAGGCUUCCCUAACUGAGAAGUCAGACCAAGAAUAGAUUGGUCUAUUAUUUUGCGAGCAUCCUCUGCUGGGGUGAGGGAAAAGGGGAAUAUAACCAUCCCAAUUUCUUUUCAGGAAUGAUUUCUCAGUAUUAAAUAUAAAUAAAUAAGCCAGUGCACAACUGAA